UUCACUUUGCUAUUUCUUGUGCCAGCAAAACCCUCUGACACUUCGCAAACACUACGAGUUAAAAAACCCCACCUCUGAACGACUCGGAGCCUCCCCUUUAGUUGAGGAGCGCACGCAUCGGUGAUUUGCUCCUCCCGAGUUCACGUACGACCGUUAGCUAGUAGGCUAACGCCAGCGCAAGAUUGACCCAUGUCCUCUGAGGAAGGGUUGAGCUCAGCAAUCUCAGACUGGCUCAUCUUUAACUCUUGGUGGCUGCUUCUGCCUUUCGUCAUGCUUCUGGUUAUUGCUGCAUUCAUCGUUGCCUUCGUCUUGCUCCUGUACAUGAUAUCUCCGUUAAUAAGCCCCAAACCACUCAAAUUAAAUGGGGCCCACGUCGUGGUCACUGGGGGUUCCAGUGGAAUUGGGAAGUGUAUUGCCAUGGAGUGUUACAAGCAAGGCGCCUUUAUCACGCUGGUAGCGCGGGAUGAGAGCAAACUGGUUCAAGCAAAGAAAGAAGUGGAGAAAUAUGCCAUCAAUGACAAGCAGGUGGUGCUUUGCAUCUCAGUGGAUGUGUCAAAGGAUUAUAGCCAAGUGGAGAGUGUCAUAAAGCAAGCUCAGGAGAAGCUUGGCCCCGUGGACAUGCUGGUAAACUGUGCUGGGACAUCAGUCUCAGGGAAGUUUGAGGAGGUGGAGGUUGACCGCUUCAGGAAGCUGAUGGAGGUGAACUACCUGGGCAGUGUCUAUCCCACGCGGGCUGUCAUCACCACGAUGAAAGAGAGACGGAUGGGCCGAAUCAUGUUCGUUUCCUCUCAGGCCGGUCAGAUCGGCUUGUUCGGCUACACGGCCUAUUCCCCGUCCAAGUUUGCGCUGCGUGGCCUGGCUGAGUCCCUGCAGAUGGAGAUGAAACCGUAUAAUAUCUAUGUUACUGUGGCUUACCCUCCUGAUACGGACACACCAGGACUGGCAGAGGAAAAUAAGACCAAGCCCUUGGAGACGAAGUUGAUCUCUGAGACAUCUGGAGUGUGUCAGCCUGAGCAAGUGGCUAAAAUUGUUGUCAAAGAUGCUGUGCAAGGUAACUUCAACAGUUCUGUGGGGCCAGAUGGCUACAUGCUGUCUGCACUCACCUGUGGAAUGUCACCCGUCACCUCCAUCACGGAGGGGCUUCAGCAGAUUGUGACCAUGGGGCUGUUCCGCACCAUUGCUCUGUUCUACCUGGGCAGCUUCGACAGCAUCGUCCGAAGAUGCAUGAUCCAGAGGGAACAGUCCAAAGCGGCCGACAAGACGGAGUAAUAAUGUUCACGCCAACACCAUGUACCGACCCAAACCCCCGUCCUGUCAUGGCCAGAGGUGGAGUUCCAUCUCUAAUAUUCACCAUAGUCCUCACUUUUUCCUGUACUCCCAUCCAACCCAGACCACACACACACACACACACACACACACACACAAACACCUUUUCAGAUGUGAGUAUAACGGGCUAGUACUGCUGGCCAAUGAAGGAUCACCACCCAAAAAAAAAAAAAAACCCCCCCCCCACGAAUUUCAUGUUCCUCCCACCUUAACUUUUUCGAGUCAUGGUAUAUAACAGAAAACGAGCAGCGUAUUUCUUUGAUUAUGUAUGUCAAUGUUUUCACAAGUGUUUCAUCAUUCAAAAGAUUUUUAAUGU